AUGGAGGAUAUUGGUAACAAUUAUUUUGAUUUCUUACUGGCAAAUUCAUUAUUUCAAGAUCCAGAAAAGGAUUUGUGUGGUGAUGUUAUAAGGUGCAAGAUGCAUGAUCUUGUGCACGAUCUUGCAAUCUCAAUUUCAAAAGGGGAAACCUUGCAUUUGGAGGGAAAUUUGUGGGAUGGCAUUGAUGAGUCUCAUAUUCGACGUCUAUCUCUUAUAUCCGGUGGCCAUACAACACAUGCAAUCCCAUUAUCUAAAGAUGGCAUGGGUAGAUUACACACAGUUUUUUUGAAUCAUGUUGAUCUUGGUGACAAGUUAUUAAAGUUUAAAUGCGUACGUGGUCUAUCGUUAUGUGGGUCAUGUAUAAAAGAGUUACCCGAGUACAUUGGUAAGUUGAGACAUUUCAGGCUUCUUCACAUCAAGAACACCUACAUCAAAUUAAUACCAAAUUCUGUUACCAUGCUCUACAACUUGCUAGCUCUUGUAAUUCGGAAUUGUCGUUUUCUCAAAGAGCUUCCAAAAGAUCUACGAAACUUGAUUAAAUUGAGACAUAUUGACAUUGACAUUAGUAAUUGGAACAUAAUGAAAUUGCCGCCUAAUAUGGGGCGGUUGACUUGCCUUCAAACAUUGUCUUUCCUUGACAUUGGUCAAGACAUUGGUGGUCGAAUUGAAGAAUUGGGAUGCUUAAGGCAACUCGGAGGAGAAUUAAGUAUCUACAAUCUAGAGCACGUGAGAGAUAAAGAAGAAGCGAAAACUGCAAAUUUAGCGGAAAAACCAAAAUUACACAAAUUGGGAUUCCAUUGGAGAAGGGGGCGUGCAAGGGAAGGCAACAACAAUGACGAGGAUGUACUGGAAGGCCUUCAGCCUCACCCAAAUUUGAAAAGCUUAAAGAUUAAUCAUUUCAAUGGUGAGAAGUUCCCUUCGUGGCUAUUGGGGAGUGAUAAUAUUAGGGGUGGCUUGUUACUUUUCAAUCAUCUGUUGGAGAUUUGCUUAAGCUGCUGUAAGAAGUGUGAAAAAAUUCCGACACUUGGACAUUUACCCAGUCUCAAAGUUCUUGAAAUAAGGGAAAUGGAUAACGUGAGAUGCAUAGGAACUGAAUUUUACAGCAGUUAUAACGGUGAGGGUUCAAGUAAUAGUAGAGGUGGCAGUGGCAGCACCGUGUUGUUCCCAGCUUUGGAAAAACUUAUUUUGGAGAGCAUGCAUAAUCUAGUAAAAUGGAAUGGCGUGACAGAACCAACAGCAAAAAUAGGAAUGAUGUUUCCUAGACUUGGGUAUUUGAGAGUUUGGGGAUGCGAGAAGCUAACAAGUGCUCCAUGUCAUUACCGUCUCUUAAGAAAUUAG